AUUUCCUUGUCCAGGGGGCGAGUAGAAAAAAGUUUCUUAAACUGUACUUUGCUCAAAACUAAAGCUAAAUAAUAAGCACAAAUAUCAGACAUACAUUAAAACUAAUAUUGGCCUAUAUUAAAACAUACAGAAUGCUACCAAAUGUCACUUGAACAAGUUUUUGUUUAAAAAUCAGGCAAAGCCUCACCGCGCAUGCUCAAAAAUACGCCAUAUUGAAAGUCGUGAGGAAUUUAUUGAAAUCAAGGUAGAAUUUUACAAGUGAACUGUGAUUGUUGUUGUGGGAUAGGUGACCAAAUAAUUGAUAAUACAUGAAGCUAUCAACUAAUUAUGAACCUGACCGUGUCCUAGACACCAGCUAGAAGAAGGGAGACAACCCCGCCAUGCCUCAUUUACCCAAACCGGGAAACCUUAAAGAUCCAGACGUUGUUGGACUAUUUUGCAAUGAUGACCCCGACAAAAUCUUUUCAGAGCUGCGAGAGAUUGGCCAUGGCAGUUUUGGAGCAGUUUACUUUGCCAAAAAUGUUAUCACAAAAGAGGUGGUUGCUAUCAAGAAGAUGUCCUUUAGUGGAAAGGGAGCUACUGAUAAAUGGCAAGAUAUCGUAAAAGAAGUAAAAUUUCUUCGUCAGCUCUCGCAUAGAAAUACGAUAGAUUACAAGGGAUGUUAUAUAAAAGAUAAUACAGCAUGGCUUGUUAUGGAAUAUUGUUUAGGCUCGGCUUCAGAUAUUAUUGAAGUUCACAAGAAGCCAUUGAGAGAGAUAGAGAUAGCAGCUAUAUGUCAACAUGCAUUACGUGGUUUAUCUUAUCUUCAUAGUUUAAAUAGAAUACACCGAGAUGUUAAAGCAGGCAAUAUAUUACUUACAGAAAAUGGAACCGUUAAAUUAGCUGAUUUUGGUUCAGCAUCGUUAGUCAGUCCAGCCAACUCUUUUGUUGGUACGCCAUAUUGGAUGGCACCAGAAGUGAUAUUGGCGAUGGAUGAGGGUCAGUAUGAUGGGAAGAGUGAUAUAUGGUCUCUUGGUAUAACGUGUAUAGAAUUAGCUGAAAGAAAACCUCCGCUGUUUAAUAUGAAUGCUAUGAGUGCCCUGUAUCAUAUAGCUCAAAAUGAUUCUCCCUCUCUAUCUGGUGGCGAUUGGUCAGAUAAUUUCAGGAACUUUGUGGACGUGUGCCUCGCCAAAAAUCCUGCCGACAGACCGUCAGCAGAUGAACUAUUACAUGAUCCAUUUAUAACUUCCACGCAUCUUGGUGAUGUUAUCAAUGAAUUAAUAUACAGAACUAAAAACGCUGUACGGAAGUUAGAUAAUUUACAAUAUAGACGAUUACAGAAGUUGAUAAUUAACGGUGAACAUGAAGGCAAUAUUAACGAAGAGAAAGAUUCGAAUGAUACAGAUGAUGUAGAGACUUCUUCUCAGGAUGAUGAUCCAGAUGGUAGUAAAUCAGGAAGUUUAACAAGUCAUAACAGUAAUUGUGCUAGUAGUCAGAGUAGUAUAACUAGUUAUCCUGGUGCUACCACAGAUAUAACUAGUUUUACACAAGUUGAUGGUAGUCCACCCCAUACAGUACAUGUACAGUUACAUCAAAUACAACAGGCGUGGCCCUUUUUCCACAGAAGUGCGUCGUACAGCCCGAACAAAUAUACCAAGCCAUCUGCAAGCAGUUCUAGUUUAGAUGUUGGUACGAGUAACUUUGCAACAAUACGAACAACAUCGAUUGUUCAUAAACAGAUCAAGGAACAUGAACACUCGAACGAACUUCGUGAACAGUUUACUGGUUAUAAAAGAUUACGAAAACAGCAUCAAAAAGAAUUACAAACGAUGGAGAAUAAGUUUGCUAUAGAAAUGGAAGAACAUAAAACGAAGUUAGAUAAAGAAUAUGAAAAAUUACGUAAUAAAUUUGCAACAGAAUUAGAAAGAUUACGAUUAAAUCAUAUUUCCGAAUUAGACAAGAAGCAAAAGGCGUAUGUAGCCCAAGAAAAGAAAGUUGUUAAAGAUACGCUUAGUCAGCAAGAAACAGAUAGAAGAAGUUUCUCUGAGAAUUUUAAACGAUCCUAUAGAAGUGAUAAAGAACAAUUAAAGAAGGAUCAUGAUUCUAAAAGUACACCGAGGAAAGAAAAGGAGGAUGCUGUAAAAACGUAUAAAGAAGCAACGUUACGCAAGAUGAAGAAUGAGGAAUAUAAACUACAGAAACAACACCAGGAUCACAUGGACUUUAAACUUCGUAUCUUUAAUCGGCAAAAAAAGAUACAGUUUCAUCGGUUAGAACAGUCACUACUACGCGAGGAACUUAGUCAGAAGAAAGCUCAGUUAGAAUAUGAACACCGAAUGUCAAUUAGACAUCAUGAAUCCACCCAAGACUUAGAAUUUAAACAUUUGGCAGCUCUACAGAAAUUACGUGAUGAACAACUGAGAAAACAACACGAGAUGGAACGAGAGAAUCAGAAAGAAUACAAUGCUCGUGUCGAAUCAGAUUUAAAGAAAAAACAUGCAAUGGAGGUUAAACAACAACCUCGUAGUUUAAGGCAAAAAGAAAUUCAGAUCCGUAAACAGUUUAACGAGGCGGUAAAGACGCAACAGAAACAAUAUAAAGCCUUAAAAGAACAUAUAUUACAUACGACGCCUAAAAACGAACAGAAGGCUGUAGGCAAAAAGUUAAAGGAGGAACAGAUGCGUAAACUAGCGUUACUAGGUGAACAAUACGAACAAAGUAUAGCAGAAAUGUUACAACAACAAAAUGUAAGAUUGGAUGAAGCUCAGUUAGCCGAGGCCAAUGAAUUAAAACAAAGGUUACAACAAGAGUUAGAACUACUUAUUGCCUAUCAGAGUAAACUAAAGAUGCAAGCCGAAUCGCAACAUCAAAAAGAACGCAAGCAAUUAGAGGAACGGGUUUCGUUAAGACGAGCAUUAUUAGAGCAGAAAAUGGAUGAUGAAAGAAUGAUUUUUGAAAAGGAGGAAAAAGAAAGACUAAGGCAUCAGUUACAAAAACAGGAACGAGAGUUACAUGACUUUGACGUGGAGACGGCCGCAAAAGGAUUAAAUGCAUUAGAAGUGGCGGACGCGUCGCUACGUGAAUUUGACAAUGAUACAAACAGUGUACGUGGCAGCAUGUUAAGUUUAAGUGGUAGUAGUAGUACCAGUUCUUUCUCUUCACAGACCCCCUUAUAACAACUAUGGUUACCAUAGUUACAACCCCCCUCCCUGUUUUUAUUAUUAUUAUUAUUAUUUGGUACUUAGCUCCGCAAAACAGAACCCCGCCCUCUAGAUGCAAGGAACUAGAAGACCAAAAUAUUCACUAUCUGUUUUUAAUUAAUAUUCUUGAUGAUUUGGAGUCCAUCAAUCAAAAAACAGUUGAGUGUAACCCGAUCUUCCAAUUAUGUGCUUACGCAUGUGUGUGGGUGAACAUGCACAUGCAUGUAACAGUGUAUGAGUGUUUAAGUGUACUACUAAAGGACUAGAAAACCUCAAUAUACUGAUGACAGACUUAUUACACAGUUAAAGUGAUAUAUAUAGAACACAAGUAGUAAUAUAAUUAAUGGUUACUAGAAGUCAGGAAUUAUUUCUUCAUCAAACUUACUGUACAAUAAGCAAGCCAAUAACUGGAUUUCAUCAUUGUUUCGACACGUCGAGAAUCUUUUCUUGUUGAAAUGCGUUGUAAAGUUAGCGGGUCAUAGGUCGACUUGUUUGCAGGAUAUUAUCAGAGUUGUAGAAUUAUAUGGGUCAUAGGUCGGCAUGAUAUUAUCAACAUUUCGUCUCGUCACAGAUUGAAGAAGAAGAAGAAGAAAUGGAGAGAAGUGUGAAGUCAGAGUGAUCAGGUUAAAAAAAUCGUAAUCCAAGGGCAAGAACUCUUGUGUUUAUUUUAUAAUGGACUAUGUUUUAUAUUGUCCUGUAUAAUCACCAGACAGUUAAAUAUUAUUAUUUUAAUAUUUUAAACUUGAUCAAUAUCACCAAUAAAAACAAAUAGAUAAUACAUUUAUACAAGAAUCAGCUAUGUUACUUAAACAGUCAGGAAUCAAUUGAUAGGUAAUGAUUAAAGAUGCUUCCGGAGCUGUUAAGAUGGUAUGGAGCUGUUAAUGAUGGUCCUGGAACUGUUAAAGAUGGUUCUAGAACUGUAAAAGUAGAGUUAAAGAUGGGAGCUGUUAAAGAUAGUUCUGGAACUAUUCAAGAUAGUUCUUUAACUGUUAAAGAUAGUUCUUUAACUGUUAAAGAUAGUUCUUUAACUGUUAAAGAUAGUUCUUUAACUGUUAAAGAUAGUUCUUUUGUUAAAGAUGAUCCCGGAACUGUUAAAGAUAGUUCUGGAACUGUUAAAGAUGAUUCUGGAGCUGUUAAAGAUGGUUCCGGCUGAUUGUCAUGGUACGUUAAGAAGCAGUCGGUUGCACCAUUAUUUUAAUCAAACUGCAGUCAGCUCACCUUAUGUUCUGUACAGAAUGGCAUGGUGCAGUCAUGGGAGCCUAAAAAUUCAUAUUUUAACUACAAACCAGGGGCCUUAAUUAUGAACCUUGAAAUGAUAUAUUUUAAGGAUACUUUUGUUUCAUUGGUCAAGGUUUUAUUGUCUCGGACAAUGAAAAGAAAUUAGCCUUUUUAAAACGGGCAAGGUUUGGGGUUUUUGUAGUAAGGUUUCUUUUCAAACUAAAAAUGAAGAAUUUGAUUUCCAACUCAUCUACAGGAAGUAAGACUGAUUGAUCAUGGACCGGUGUAGAAAUAAUAGUUUUAUCUGUACAUGUAUCGGAUAGUCCUAUUUCGUUUCGUUUUGUAUAGUUCAAAACUUUGUUUUACUUGUCUUCACUAUACUAGGAUUAAGAAGGGUUGUUAUACAACGUUUGUUCGCCGUGAUGUGAAGGAUUAGCCAAUCAAAUGGUCUGCUGAUUCGAGCUUUUAUCGUGCAGAACUGUCGGUAGACUUAUGCAGCAAUAGAAAAUAAAUCGAAGCCACUACAACCGGUCAGAUUUUAAUGUACAUGUAGUGAAGGCCAUCGAAAGUAUUAAAAUAAAUCAUACGACAUGUAGAUCUAUAUUUUAAUCAGGUUGGGUUGAUGUUAAAAAUGAAUUAAUUAAUUAAUACUGUCCUUACAUGAAUCAGCAUUCAAUCUGUCUGAAAAAUACUUAAUAACUUAAUUUUUGGAAGGUGACUAUGUAUUAGGAAUGAAAUAUAUUUAAUCCAGACAUGUUCGUGGUCUUAUGUCACAUCAGUUUCCAGUAUAUCUAGCGAUUGUAAAUCUGAAAUAAAGUAAUGGGCGUGUCUUAUAUGAGAUAUAACCCUUAUUUAGUAAUGGUAAUGAAAUUAAGUGAUGGGUGUGCCUGAUUUAGUAAUGGUAAUGACAUUAAGUGAUGAAUCUUUCCAGCGGUUUGCUGAAAGAAAGAUAUUUACAUUGUAGAUUAUCAUGUUUAGUGGCUUGUCAGAUAUUGAACUAAGGUCAAUGGGCGUUCAAUAAAUUGUCCAUCACUGAUAUAGUAAUUGUAGGGCUUUAAUAAAUUUUAAUAAUAAUGGACAACCAUGCACUUUAAGUAUUAUAUAUUACCAAUUAUUUCUGAGGCCUUGUUGGUGAAAAACAAAACUAAAAUACUUUCUAGAAUGCAGAUUUAUCAUUGAAUGAAAGCGAAAAUUUGUACUAAAUCCUUCAAAUAUUUUGGAGUUUUGUUUUUCGUGAGCAAGGCCUCUGAACUUUUAAGAUCUUAGAAAUUGUUUGAUCAGCUGGUUCCUUUUUAGUGAAACUACUAAGGAAUAAUUUUCAGAUGAUUUAUUAGAUAUGAAUACAUGUAUAUGGCUGUCAUGUCUGUAGAACUCGAGUCCGACUGAAGUAGAAUCUGUAGAGUUUAUGAUAUCUUCUGAAUUAUUACGUCUGUAAGUUGUUCAUUUCAUGACACACUUGAUCUUCACAACGUCAAGAUAUUACAACAUACAUCUAUACACAAGUUACCUGUGUAAUGCUGGGAUGUUAGAGAGGGGGGCGAGUUUUCUGUUUAGUCAAGUGGUAUAGCUUUGAAACCAAUCUUGUACAUGUUAAAUGUAUGACGUAUGUCCGUUAGAUCUAUGUCAUAAUAACUUGACUUUGUGAAGAUGAAUCUUUUUGAUUUUAUCUUUUUUGUUAUUGAUAUUAGGUGACUGAUUAUCAUCGCUCUCACAUUCUAUCUCUCUACCGUGCUUCACUUGAUGCUUUUUAUCAUUCUACUGUUCUUCACUGGACGCUUUUUAUCACUCUACCGUGCUCCACUUGAUGCUUUUUAUUGCUCUACUGUUCUUCACUGUGUCUCCCCCCCCCCCCAAAAGGUAUCAGUAUUAUUAACAAAUCAUAAUAGAAAGAUUGCGGAAUUAUUCUAACAUUUGUUAAGAAUAAAUAAAAUAACUUGCUGGACCAUUUCAGUUUAAUACAGUUCUGGAAAUAUUACACGCACUAAUGAACUAUUACAGCCAGACAGAAUAUUGGGAGGUUGAGUGCGCGCUGUAUCAUAAGGUCUGUCAUUGAGUGAAGUGGUGUGGUUUCGAUUCCCCGGGUUCCCCGCAUGAACGUGACAAGGAUUAGGAUCGCCUGUCCAACCUCGUGGGUUCUCUUCAAGUCCCGUCGAUCUCCUCCCACUGCUAAAGAUCCCUACAUGCAGGGGAAUUAUUGAAAUAAAACUGAAACCAAUGUUAGUUCCAAAAUGACCUAGUUUGUGUGGAGCGGACAUUAACCCCCCUUCUCUCUCUCUCUCUCUCUCUCUCUCUCCCUCUCUCUCUCACAGAUAACAGUGGGGGGGGGGGCAGGGUCUUGAGUAAAAUAUAUUUUUUUUCAACUUUCCUUAAAAAGAUAUAAAAUUGUAAUGGUAGUUAGGGUCUCUGAUUCAAUGUAAUAUCUCAGGCUUUAGUGUACAGUCUGAUUCUAAUGUUAGAAACACCAAAAAAAACCCAAAUAUUAUUACAAUGUGUUGCCUUCAUUGUUUAAGACAAUUGUUAUUACAUUUAAAGUGCAAUGGAGUUUUUCAAUUUGAACAUCUUUGUAAAAAUAUGUUCUAAAUUCAAUUGUUUACAUGGAGUAAAUAUUUUUAUGCUUGGAUAUUGAAAUUGAAAGAUUAUCUUGGUUUUCUCCUGGUUUGUAGUCAUUAUCUACCAGUCGUAAAUUAAUAUCGUAUAGCUAGACACUCACUAUUAUUGGAAGACAUUAUGUAAAUUGUUUCGGAAGCUAACUAAUGUCAAGCUUGACCUUGAUACGAUUAUAAUACGAGGAACAGUGUCUAGUCCUUCAGAUGGAAUGAAAAGCCUUUGACAGGAUUUCUAACAUGGGACCAAGGUUAAGGCCAAGAUAUAAAUUGCUUGAAAAUUUAUCACAGCUUGAACUAGGUCUUUAAUAACUUGAGAAUUAACGCAAUAAUUUCAUGAUGCAAGUUUUUCGUUCUUAAUUUAUAGUGCAAUUUGUUAAUUUAACUAUUAAAGGCCACAUCAAGCUAAAUUAUAGUUCUUCGGGGCCAAUUUUAAAAUGUACCGUGAGUAGAGUCAAAUAGAUCCUAAAUAAUGAACAAUUGAAUUGAUUUGAUUUAGUCAGCGUUUUUUAGAUUUUAUGCAAUCUUCACUGUCCUGUCCCUCACUGUUUUCUUGUGAUCAUGGAAGUCAAUAAUUGUCAUUUUAAAAUUUAUAAGAAUUCGAAUUGGUUGUUAGUCAGAAAGGAUUUAGAAGUACUAUACCUGUUCCCUGACCCCUUUUCAUCUCUUUGAAAUAAAAUAUUGUUUACACAAAAAAAGGAUUGAUCAGAAUUUAUCCAAAGGACCUAUAAAAAAUGGUCUUGGAAAGACCUGAGGGAUCACCCAGAUUUGUUGGAUGCAAUCCGUGAAUGUAGUUGACCAAAUGUCAAAAGGGAAAUGAAUGUGAGUAAUUAACCCUUUCGUUCACAAGAAACGAUUUAAAUUUUGAGUAAUGCAUGAGUUGAUUUGCCCAAGACCGAUAAUAGAAAAGUUCGAUGGUGAACGGAUGUUUUAGCCACAAAGGUUCAAUAGGCCCUAAUAGGAGCAAACUAUUUCAGGUCAAAACGUCUGUAGCCGAAACAUCUGUGGCCAAGAAGCCUACAUUUGUUUGGGUAACAAGCUGCAUAAUUUAUAUUUGAAAUAAUUAAAAAUAAACAAAUCGCAUCCAAUAUUGGUAUAAUAACUAUUAUGUUUAUUAUUAUUAUAUUAUUAUUAUUUGAAAUAUUGGUGUUCCAUAUCGUUAUUUAUUCCUAUGGUCACUUUAUUUAAUGUCAGGUGUGGUCAGGUGCGAGUUUGUGUACCUGUAAUUAAGGUAUGUAUGUAUAUUACUUACUGAUAAAACUAAUCACAUUUAUUUAUUAUCUCCCUUAAUUUUUUUAUUGCUAUAAAGGGACAUAACUCUGCAUCAAAGGGAGACAACUGCUGGGCCUCCUUCCUAAAUGCUAUUUUCAAAUUGCAUCAAUUUUUGCCUUCAAAUUAUAUUAUAGAAUUGUACAUUAUAAUCCUUUUUGUAUUAAAAGAACACAGAUAUAGAUAUGUAUCUAUUAUAUGAUAUAAAUAUAUAUUAAACAAGUGUUCAGUGCUGACUGCAGGGGUUUUAAAAGCUGAACUUAUGUAUAUUUGUUCCAAUGUAUUAUAUAGACCAGGAGAGAAGAUUAUAUAAACAGUAAAUUUCUAUAACAUCACUGUAGACUAGCUAUUUAACUUGGGAGAUUAUGUAUUUUCAAACUUGUAAAAUAAAAUGUCACUUUGUA